CUUCCUAUAAACACAGGAGAAAAGAAUAAGCCGGGAUCCUCCGUCAGGGCCGGAAAUGACCCAGGUAGGCACCGGGUUGGACCUGCGGCCUCACUCACUGAUGCGCUUUCUUUUCCAGGGAGGGCUUCCUCAGCAGUCGUAUCCUUCUGCUGUGUCCCUGGGUCCCUCAGCCGGCCUCAGGCCCGGGCAGCCCCGGGACGGCACCCGAGAGCUAGUUUGCUGGACACAUGAAGGCAGCUUUGAGUUCCAGCUUUCUGUUCCUUUAAACCCCACACACACCCUUUCUCCAAGUUUGCUGCUGCUCUACCUGAGCGGGGCCUGCUGGGCCCUGCACCUCCUAGCUACGCUCCUGAUGAUUCUGUAUAAAAGUGAGUCUUCACCGCAGAGGCCGCGGGAGGGGUCCUCGCUGCUCCCCGCGCCCGCGGAACUGGAGUUCUGCUCUGUUGCCCGCCGUUCUGCAGGUCAGGUUUUCAGUUACCCUAACCCUUACCUGGUCCUCGACCUGACUCUGCUGCUUCUGAUGGGGGCUCUGGAAGUGACCCGGCUGUAUCUCGGCACCAAGGGCAACCUGACAGAGGCCGAGGUGCCGCUGGCCAUCAGCCUGGUCCUUACCGCGGGCGGCGCCCUGCUGUCCACCUACUUCCUGCUCUGGCAGACGCUGGUGCUGUGGGCAGACUGCAUCCUCAGCACCACGCUCCUGGCACUGCAUGGCCUGGAGGCCGUCCUGCAGCUGGUGGCCAUUGCUGCCUUCGUCAGCUAGGCAGGCGGUACUUGGCAUCCCCCACCCUGGGCGGGACACCCCGGACAGAAGCCACGCCCUGGGUGCUCGGCGAUGCCUGGUGGCUCCCUCUCAGCUGCGCCAACCUGCUUGACCGCCGAGGUGAGUGGGUGAGGACGGUGCACGUUUGCACACAAUUGUUGGGAUUCCGUGCUUUCCACACUGGUCCCCUUGGAGCUCCGGCGUGGUGUGGGAAGCCCGGGACCGUGGCCCACAGCAGGCCACGUCCUGGACGAGCGUACACCGGCUUUGCAACAGAAAGAAAAAUGCCAGGGAGCCGGCAAGCUCUGGUGUUUGGGGGGAUUUUUGCAGUGGUGGCCCCUUCCCUCUGGGGCUUCUGCGGGGAGGUGGUCUAAAGCCCCGGCACUGAGGGGAGGGAGGCAGGGAGCAGGUGAGUGACAGAGAGCAGCCUGCCACUGUCCUGGGCAGGGGCUUCGGGGCUCCAGUCCAGGCCUCAGUCCGAGAAACGUCAGCAGCCCGCGCUGUGCUGGAUGUGUCUGCCGACCAGAAGGGCCGGAAGGACUCCGCGCCAGUAACCUGCCUUCCUCUGCCCCGUGCCCUGUCCGCGUUCGGAGUAACUGUUUGAACAUCGACAUGGCUUCUCUUGGCCGUGUUGUCGAAUAAAGGAGCGUGUGUAGCUGCCUGCAUUUCUCCUAA